AUGUCUUCAGAUAAUAGAGUUCUAACAGAACGCAGAGAGAGACAAAAAGAAAUAAAUAGAGAAAGAGAAAAGGACAGACGAAAAAAUGAAACAAAAGAACAAAGAGAAAGAAGACUUAAAACCAACAGAGAAAGACAACAAAUAAGAAGAAUGUCGGAAACAGCAGAACAACAAGAGAGGAUACGCAGGAAAAAUAGGGAGAGAGCACGAGUCAGACGAUUGCUGGAAAGAGAAGAGAGCGAGAUACCACAGACUAAUAGACCAGGAAGAGAAAAUAUACGAAACACACAGGAGCAGAGUGAAGGACCACAGACUAAUAGACCAGAAAGGGGAGAUAGGUGGAAUACAUACGAGCAUAAUUUAUUUUAUAGAAAUGUCAAUAUAUUUAAUUUUUGA